AUUCACGACCGCAGCAUGUCUCCAAGCCUCGUUGCCAUAUGCCUCACACCAUGACCAAACACACCUCGAUAUGGCAUCCAGCAUCCCCGACCUCUGGCUCUGGCUCGGCCUCGGCGUCUUCACAUUCAUAGCCGUCCAGCAAGUCUCCCACGGCCUCCAAAACAUGUGCACCCUCACCGAGAUCCGAAACCCACAGAACAUCCCGCAACAACGGCGUACCAUCCCCUCCGGCCCGCCCACCCACCAAGAAGAUGCCAUCAAGACAAGUUCUCUCUUGACACUGGCGACAAGCCACAACAACGAUAUCCGCGCCUCCGCUACAAAGAUCCUCUGCACGCGAUUCUACGCUUCCAAAUCCGCCAAAGACCUGCUCAUUAAGGAUCUGUACUGUGCAGAUGGAGAGGUGUUGCAUCGCGCGCAGUUGGCGUUCAAUCUGUUAGGCGAUAUGGGUGUCUGGAGAGACGAUUCUUUGUUGCCAAACCAUGGGUUCAGGUGGGAUGUCGUCCAGCCUAGAAUGGGCGGUGGCUCUCAGGAUGAGGUGAGGAGGAGACGAAGAGAGGCCAUGGUGAUAAGUGACGGGGACGGGCUGAUUGGACAUGAUGAUGUUUACAUGAGGGAUCCAGAGAGGGAGGAAGAGCAAAGUGAUGACGGUUUGUUCGUUUCCUCUUGAAGUUGCCGACUUGCGGACCGGAUGCGGAACAUGGAUUGUGAUACCCCUAUUGUGUUAAGAUUAUGAGCGUUUGAUAUAAAUCUAUUGCUGCUUCAAUGUUCUGCCCAACU